CACAUAAAUUGGCAACCAAACAGACGAAAAUGAGAAAACAAGCCACCGGCAGUUGGACGGAGUAAUCGAAGCAGCAUUCUGCUGAUCCAACUGCCUUAACACAUCUUCUUCUUCUUCUGUUGUUCUUGUUCGAUUCAUAUAUCAAAUUUCCAAAUUUCUUUGGACACUUCUCACACCGAUAGAUUUCUUCGGUUUACAGAAUUCAGUUCAGAAUGAUUCGUCCUUCACUUUCAAUUUCAAAUCCCUCUUCUCCUUCUCCUCUCCAAUUUCCUAAACCCCACAAGUUCUCCAAUUAUUCCGGCCGUUUUUGCCCGCCGGUUUCGGUAAUUCGAUGCGAGGGUGUGCAUUCUUCGGCCGCCGCGGCGCACUCUUCUUCUUCUUCUUCUUCAUUGCCAUUUUCGAAGGUGAGUGAGAAUAUGGAAUCGGGAGACGGCUCUUCCAAGGCCGGCCCGUAUCCCGGCGGAAUGGGCCCCUACACCGGCAGAGACCCGAGCGUGAAGAAGCCUGGUUGGUUGAGGCAGCGCGCUCCUCAGGGAGAGAAGUUUGAGGAGGUCAAGGACUCGUUGUCUCGAUUGAAUCUCAAUACUGUCUGCGAGGAGGCUCAAUGCCCCAAUAUUGGAGAGUGUUGGAAUGGUGGAGGGGAUGGGAUUGCAACUGCUACAAUCAUGCUUCUUGGGGAUACAUGCACUCGGGGAUGUAGAUUUUGUGCUGUAAAAACCAGCAGAAACCCUGCACCUCCUGAUCCAAUGGAACCAAUUAACACUGCUAAAGCUAUUGCCAGUUGGGGUGUGGAUUACAUUGUCCUAACAAGUGUGGAUCGCGAUGAUAUUCCCGAUGGAGGAAGUGGACAUUUUGCCCAGACCGUCAAAGCUAUGAAGGAACUUAAGCCUGAGAUCAUGGUUGAAUGUUUAACUUCUGAUUUUAGAGGUGACCUGAAUGCUGUGGACACUCUAGUGCACUCAGGAUUAGAUGUAUUUGCUCACAAUAUCGAGACUGUGAAACGGCUUCAACGAAUCGUAAGAGAUCCUCGAGCUGGGUACGACCAGAGCUUAUCCGUUUUAAAACAUGCAAAGCACAGCAAGCUGGGAAUGAUCACUAAAACUUCAAUCAUGUUGGGCCUCGGAGAAACCGAUGACGAAUUGAAGGAAGCUCUAGCUGAUUUAAGGGCCAUAGAUGUGGAUAUUCUUACACUUGGCCAGUAUUUGCAGCCUACCCCAUUACACCUGACUGUCAAAGAAUACAUCACUCCCGAAAAGUUCGCAUUCUGGAAAGAAUACGGGGAGUCGAUUGGGUUCCGAUAUGUGGCUAGUGGACCCCUGGUUCGAUCCUCAUACCGGGCAGGCGAGCUCUUCGUCCAAACCAUGGUUAGAGAAAGCGCCAAAAUCACAACCGUAAAUUGAAGGAUCAGCACUCCCACUGUGGCCUGAGUUCAAGUUCGAGUUCAUCAGCGGUGUUUCCAGAAUUUGGUGGCCCUGUAACAUAGAAAAAGAGGAGGGAGAAGCCAUGGCCAACAACAUUGAAGGAUCAUCAGUUUUCCAGCUGAGGCAGCAAGCACUGGUAUGGCUCUCCUGAGUUAGUUUCUUUUCCCAAUUAUUGGACCAAUUUUGCCAGCUAUUAUAUCUUGUAUUUACUCACAUUUUGUCUUCUUUUAAGAUCAAUUAUUUAAUCUCAACCUCAACAAUUUUUUUUUUCUCUUAGAAAAUGCAAUUUGGGUUGGAAUAUUUGAAACCAAGAUCAAUAACAUUGUAAUAUCAUAUGUACUCUUCAAACUUUAGUUUAAUCACAGGAUUUUUUUUUGUGACUUCCA